AUGGAAGCGGCGACAGCAAGCGAGCAGCAAAGAGCGAGCCUCCGAGCCGGUCGAGUGACGAUAGAGGCGUGGCAGCCGAGCCAAGUGUCGCGGACGUUUUUGCCGGGCAGGCGUCAGACGGGCAACGAGCAGCCGGAGGCGAAAGACUUGCAGCGUCGACUCGAAGCGAGCAUGAUCGCUCGAACGUCUAAACUCUGCAGCCGAAUCUGCGUCCGACAAGGACGAGGUGGAGGCUUGGGCGGGCCUGGCCCAGGGUCGUGUGCGAGCAGCGGAGGUUGUGAGAGCGCCAACACGGGUUGCCAAGCAGCGGCGGGCAACUGGAGCUUGGCGGUGCUGCGGGCAGUGCACCAAAGCACCGCCAAAUCUGGGCGCCCCGAUGUCGUCAUCCGGCCUCCAGGGGCCAUCAUCGCAUACCUUUACCCGCUGGUGAAGAGCAAAAUGCCCAAAAACAGGAGAAGGGCGGUGGUUCGCACAGAGUAG